AUGGCUAAAUUGAUCGUGACAUCAAAAAUGGAAAUUUGGAAGGAUCAGAAUGAAGGUCACCAAAUGAUCCUUAAUUUCCGGCAGAACAUUGGUCAUCAGGAUGACAGCUUAUCGAAAAGAAAUGAAGAAAAUCGGAAUUUUCAUCCGGAAACUUCGAGUUAUGCGUCGGACUCGAGCAAUGGAAGUGAACAAAUUUUUAGAAGCACGGGGAGUGAUUUGAGAAAAGUUUCUCCUGUAGUGAAUAGUGUGUUUUCGAUAGACAGUAUUUUGGGAAAAGAGGAAACUAAGAAGGAUGAAGUUUUUUCGGAAAAAGAGGGUCUUAGGAAGAUAGAACAUAAUUUUGAGGAAAGGGAGGAUCAGGACGAAGGACAAUUUUUGAAGUCGAUGACUAUUCCGGCAGCUCAUCCUGGAAUCAUUGGUGGAUUUUACACUGCAGGAGGUCCUUGUCCAGAAGGAAUUUUAGCUGAUACUUCCGGAUAUUCGGCAGCAUCUUUAGCAUCGGCAUCACUUCUUUAUGGUGGUUGGGUUGUACCUUCAAAACCUGGUCAACUUUUUGGUUUACAAGCACCAAAAUCUACUGGCAGAAGAUCAAGAAAACCAGGCAUCGAUCGAAAGCCUCGUCAAGCAUAUAGUGCUAAGCAACUAGAAAGGCUUGAAGCUGAAUUUAAAGUGGACAAAUAUCUGAGUGUCAGUAAAAGAAUGGAACUGUCAAAGUGUCUGAACCUGACCGAAGUUCAGAUCAAAACUUGGUUUCAAAAUCGAAGAACAAAAUGGAAAAAGCAGUUGACUUCUAGGCUCAAAAUUGCUCAGAGACAAGGGUUGUUUCCACCCCCAUAUUUUCCUCCAACUCAGUAUCCUUUGCUACCCUACUAUGCCACUCCCCUCAUGUUCAGUGCACAAGCUUCAGAUGAUCAUACAUCUAACAUCUCAAAUUUACAAUCACGAUCCACAAUUGCAUCCUCUGAUAAUCUUUAA